AUGUGCACUUCAGAUUCAUCGUCUACUCAUUACAUGUCCCCGAAACCAACCCCAUACAAUUUCGCCCCAGAAUAUAAGCGAGAAAAAUGGGCUGCUGUUGCGGCUUCCUGCAAGCGCAAUAUCACUGAUGGCCAGUUGGUUUCCUCCUCCCCAUAUGCCUAUACCCACGCUUCCAAUCCAAUCAACCGAUCCAGAAACAGAUACACAAACGUCUUACCUUAUGAUAGGACACGUGUACAACUCAAGACGCUUGCGGGCGGCUCGGAUUAUAUAAAUGCUCUGAUCCUACGAUUGGCACAGAACAAGUACAUUGCAGCACAAGGUCCGCUUCCGUCGACUAUUCACCACUUCUGGGCCAUGUGCUUCGACCAGGCUAUCCAACAAAAUGUGGAUGUGAUUCUUGUUGUCAUGGUAACUCCUUUGCAAGAAAGAGGUGUCGUCAAAUGUGCCAAAUAUUGGCCAAGCAAGGGUGAUGGUGUAAUUCAGUUGGGAAGCUCUCUUGCAGCUGAGGACUUAGCAUAUGGCGAUUUGGAAUUAGAAUGGAUCAGCAGUGAAGAAAAAGAUCUGUUUACGAUUUCCAAUUUUCGUUUGAGUGCGGGCUCAAUCACCAAGAAUGUGCUUCAUUACUACUAUGGCAAAUGGGAAGACUCCAUGCCGCCCACAAGGACAGGACCGUUAGCAGCACUAGCCUCCGAACUUGAUUUGGCAAGAAAGGCUUUUCCGGGCAUCAUCCCAAUCAUCCACUGUUCUGCUGGGGUGGGCAGAACGGGAACACUCAUUGCAUACGAUCACUUCUGCCACGGCGAUGCGAUCUACUCAAGCGACGAUCCAGUCUACGAGACUAUAUCUAAGCUCCGUGAACAACGAAUGAUGAUGGUUCAGACAUGGCAACAGUUUAAGUUCUUGUAUGAUGUGGUAGACAACAUGGUGGGCGAAGAAGCGGCUCAUCAAGAUUAA